UGUCGGGUUCGGAUUUUCUUCACGGGUUGUGAAAUCUGAUUAGGGUUUCUCGAAUUUGCCUUUUAAACCUAUAACCAAAACCCUAACCCCGGAAUCGAGUGUAACUUUGCUCAUGGCGGCCGGAAAGGAGCGCGGCGGCACGAAGAGGAAGCGCACCGUCUCAGUGGCUGAGGGAAGAAGCGGGACCUGGUCGAAGAAGCCAAAGGAGUCCGCUCCGAAGCCGGCAAAGCUCAAAUUGCUGGAUGCUAAGAAGUCCAAGGAGCCGGGGUUCAAAGCUAGUAAGCCUCCCAAGUCUGAUAAUAAGGCCUCUGUUCGGUCGAAGGAGCCUCAAACUCCAAAAGAACGGCGUUUGGCCUCUAAGGAAAUGUCAGAAGCAAGGAAAAAGAAGAGGAAGCCAAAUUACCACCUUGAGAAAGAGCUUGCUUCUUUGUGGGAAAAAAUGAGACGUUACAAUGUUGGCAAUGAAGAACGAUCCAAGCUAGUAACUCAAGCUCUACAGAAGAUGAAUGGAAAAUAUUUGGAGAUUGCUGGCUCGCAUGUUCUUGCACGGGUGUUCCAAACAUGUGUCAAGUACUGUACGCAAGAAGAAAGGGAUUCUAUUUUUGAUGCUCUUCGGCCUCAUCUUCUCGCCCUUUCAUGCAAAAAAUAUGCAGUUCAUUUAGUAAAGAAAAUUUUGGAUCAUGCUAGCAAAAAACAAUUAGAAGUGUUCAUAUCCUCUCUUCACGGCCAUGUUACCGCACUUCUGCGUCAUUCAGUUGGAUCUGCAGUCAUUGACUACGUGUUCCAUUUGGCGAGUGGGUCUCAAAAACAAAGCCUUUUGGUGGAGAUGUACUCUACUGAGCUUCAGUUAUUUAAGGACCUAACCUUGACAAAUUCUGGCAGACUGGUGGAUAUAAUUUCUAGGCUCCAACUACAAAAAUCAUCUGUAGUACGUCAUAUGUAUUCUGUAUUUCAGUCAUUAAUUGAGAAAGGGAUUGUCAACCAUUCAAUUGUGCACAAAGCAAUCCUUGAGUUUUUUACCAUUGCCGACAAGUCCUCUGCUGCAGAUGUGAUUCAACAACUUAUACCUCUUCUUGUGCAAGAUUCACUUACUGAAGAGGAGAAUACACAAAUCUCAGCCCCAGAGACGCAGAAGAAGAGGAAAAACAAAAGCAAAAAUGUAAAAGAGCCUCUUCUUGCACGAAUGGUCCGAACAAGAGAUGGACUAAAGAUCUGUAUCAUCUGUGUAAAGCAUGCAACUGCAAAGGAAAGGAAAAAAAUUAUUAAAGGCGUGAAAAGUCAUAUCAGAAAGCUUUCUCUUGAUCAGUUUGGAAGUCUUUUGCUUGUUUGUACCCUUUCAGUAGUGGAUGACACAAAGCUUCUAACAAAGAUUGUGAUACAAGAACUCCAAACGAUGCUGAAGGAGCUAGUAUUGGAUAAGAAUGGAAGGCGAAUGAUACUACAGCUGCUUCAUCCACAUAGUUCACUAUAUUUCACACCUGAGGACCUGGUUUGUUUGAAUUUAUCUGUUGCUUCUCUCUUUGAACAGGCGGAUGAGACAAAGGAUGUCUCAGAAAUAAACCAAGUUCCAGUAGAACAAGGGGAGAACUUGAUUGAUAAUAAUGAAAAGGAAGGUAGAAUAGUUCAGUCUGCUACUGGAAGCAAGAAAGACUCGUUUCGUAGGAGACGUGAAUUAUUAGUCGAGAGUGGGCUUGCUGAGGGACUCUUUGGAAUUUGUAUUGAUAAUAUUGGCGAGCUACUCUGUUCGAACUUUGGCAAAGAUGUUGUUUAUGAGUUAGCUGUUGGUGGAAGCGAUGGCAUCUUGCAAUCUUUUACUGAUAGAAUAACUGCCUUGCAUGAAGCAAUUGCUUCUCUAGCUGUGUUGCCCAAGACAAAUGAAACAGAAGAGGAACAUGUUUUCGAGAACUUUCACUCUAGCAGGCUGAUCAGGAAACUUGUUCUCAACUCCCCUAGUUUUGCCACUACUCUGUGGAAAAUGGCUCUAGAAGGCAAGUGUGACAUUUGGGCUCAAGGUCACAGUUCCAAAAUACUACAUGCAUUCCUACAAUCAUCAGUUUCUGCAAUCCAAGAUUUGGCAAAGCCUGAGCUUCAGCUUUUGAUGGACCGUGACGUUCUGAAAGCCCCUGACAGCAAGCUUCCAGAAAAAGCAGCUGAUUCCUAAGAAGCAAAGUUUCUUUUUUGUCCCAAGUCUUUAAUGUCUUUAAUUGCCUCUUAGUAUAAGCACACUCCUUGUGAAGUUUUUCUUUAUCGUACCCUGAUGCAAAUUUGGCUUUAGUAGGGUUUAUAUAUCAGCUGAAAGAAGUUGCAGCAUUUCUUGACAAAUCCGGAUUCAGGCAAUCAUGAUUGACUGUUUAUUCUUGCGGGUUAAUAGCUUCAUGAGAGGAGAAACGAUUUCUAGUUUUAUGUGUAUAACUAUAGCAGAAAAAUGGUCCUUUUAUCUUCAGAUUGAUUUCUAGUUUUAGACUGGUAUGUUGAUGCCA